AUGAACAGCAAAAACGUGAACAAUAGCACCCAAGGACAACAACAGUCCUCAUUGGUGGUGACCCAAAUUCCACGAAAGAAGCAAUUUUACAAAACAAAGAUGUGCCCCUGGUUUUUCUCAGGGAGGUGUGAUAGAGGCGUAGACUGUUUAUUUGCACAUUCACAAGAAGAGUUAAAUCCAAUUCCUGAUUUAUCCUUUACUAGUUUAUGUCCCUUGGCGAAAAAGGCAGGAGUAUGCAAGAAUGAAAAAUGCAGUUAUGCUCAUUCGGUUUGUGAGUUGAGGCCUACUGGAGAUUUAUACAAAACCGCUCCAUGUACAAAGUUUUUGAGAGGAAAAUGUAACGCUGAAUCGCAUUGCAGACAUGCGCACUAUAUUGAGGAAUUGCGUCCCCUGCCUGGAAAUUUGUCCCCCUCUCAAAAUGCCAUCAACCUCAUGCUCGCCGCCCCACUGGCCGGUUCGACUCAAAAGGGCAGCAAGAAUAAGAACAACGGAAAUAGCGCAAAUACGGGAAACGGUGGCAGCAACAGCAGCAACAACACCCACAACCACCACAACAAUCACAACCACAGCAACCACAGAAAUCACAACAGCCACAACAACGACAGCAACCACGGCAACCAUAACAACCACAACGGGCACAACGGCCACAACCACAGCGGAAGCAGUGGAUACAUCACAGAGGAGAACAGGAACAGCGAAAACAUAUUGAAGCCGACGAACUCGUUACUUUGCAAAUUCCCUAACCAAAGCGGAACGAACAAUAACCGAUAUAGCAAAAGUUUUGAGAAGAAAAACGCGCAGGAAAAUAAUAUUAGCAGCAGCGUGAAUAAUGCAAGUGGAAAUUGCAACGUGAGCAGCGGCAUGAUGAACUGCAGUGUGAGCAAUAAUAUGAAGAAUAACCUGAGCAGUAACAUGAGCAGCAACAUGAGUAGCAACCUGAACAGUAACUUGAGCAGCAACCUGAGCACCAAUGUGACGAGCAACAUGAGCAAUAAUUUGAGUAGCAGCCACGUGAACAGCCAUUUGAACAACCACAUGAACGGAAGCAUCACCCGUGGCAUGGGUCGCAAUUUGAAGAACAAUAUGAAUAAUAACAAAGUGACCAAUGCGAUGAAUAAUUGUAUGAACGGCUGUAUGAACAACUGCGGAAUGAGCAGCGGAAUGAACAACACGAUGAACAACGCAAUGAACAGCUGCAUGAACGGUUGCAUGAAUAACGGGAUGAACAACACCAUGAGUAGUAACCCCGUCAACGUGAACAAGAACUACCAGAAGAGCUCUUCCUACCCAAACAAUCUGUAUGCGCUGCUAAAAAACAAAGAGAACAGCGAGGAUUACAAUACCGCAAUGAACAGCAUGAACAUGAAGAAUUACAUGCUGAACAACAAUGACAUGGAGAGCGCAAAUGGGCUUAUAAAUUCCUUCAAUUUAAGGAAGUUGCAGAAUAUGUGUAGCGGCUCGAACGAAUCAAAUGGAGCCUUUAAGUCGAUCAACGAAUUGUUGAAUCAAGACAUGAACAUGAAUCGAUCGAUUAAUGGGAGCAUGCACGGAGGGAGUGUGGCCACCAGCCUGGGUAGCGGUAUGAAAAACCUAGGUGGCAGUAUGACCAGUCGCGGUAGUGCUAUGACUAACAAUAUGAGCAGCGGCAUGGUGAACAACAUGUCCGUCAUUUCGAACCUCUCCAGUGGCAAGGCGAACAUGAGCAACAUGAGCAAUAUGAGCAAUAUGAGCAAUAUGACCAACAUGACGAACAUCCCGAACAGCAUAAGCAGCACUCAAUACUACAAUAUAAAUAAGGGAAAGAAGAAUAAUGUUUUGAACAAGUAUCCCUCAUACCAAAGUAAAGAUUCAUCCGCGUCCAUGAGAAUAUCGAGCAAUUCUUCAAAGGAGUAUACAGCAAAUAAUGAGGAGAAAAAAAUAGUUGAAACAAUUGAGCACAUGGAAAUUACAGCGCAGGAUAGUGCACUUAAAGUUAUCGAGGAUGACAACGAAAAGUUGAAUUUGGCCGAUAUUAAGAAUUUUCUAAAGUUGUUGCAAAUGACGAACACGAGCAAUUACAAGGAGGAUAGCUUUUUGCUGAAUGACGAGAUGAAGAAUAGUACUCACCUCAUGCAUGAGCAGCAAUCGCAUCAGCCACAUCAACCGCAUCAACCGCAUCAACCACAUCAGCCUCAGCCACCUCAUCAUCCUCAUCACGCGCAACAUUUGCAGCACUCACAGCUACCGCAACAUGCGCAACACGCACAGCAGUAUAACCCCGGGGCAGUGGUAAAGAACGGUAGCAACCACCCAAAGCAACAGCCCAAGAAUAUGGAAGUGGUGGUACCUGGCACCCAUUUACCUGAACAUUUCGUACACACCGGCAAUAUGCCCAACGCGCAGAAUGAUGAAAAUAGAAUGAACAAGUACGACGUAAAUGGAGACGUAAAAAAUAUUUACAGGUUGAACAACAAUUCACUGAUUAGCUGUUCCAACUUUUGGAAUUACCCAGAAGAUGAGCUGAACACAACAGCUUCGAAAAUUAUGCAAAACGUAGAAAUCUUCGACUACUAA